UCGUAUACAACUCCAUAUCACCCCAUUUAACUCCCCCUUCCACUUACUCAUCUUCCUCAUAUGAAAACCAAAACAAUUUGACGUCAAGCUCCUCAAAGCAAGAAUGAAAAUGAAGCUACUAGGAUGGAUGCAGCAUAAGCUACGGCCAACUAAUAUUGAACCUUUCAAGGAUUUCACAAUCGGGAACUACCGUGCAUGUCUGUCUGCUCAGUCAUCCCUCAAUGAUCAAGACUCGCAUCCAAAAUCAAUAUGUGGCUAUGACUAUGGAUUGAAAGCGGAAAUUGAGAAUUCCUUCACAGAAUUUGAAACCAAGGGGGUAGAAGAGUACAAUGGAGAUGAAACAUCCGCUGUCAUCUCAGGGCUAUUCCAUGGCUUUCUCACCAUUGGAACUCUAGGCUCCGAACCAAUUAUGAGUGAGCCUGUAACACCGACAUUCGCCACCCCUCUGGAGAAUAUAUCUGAAGAAAAAACCGAGGUGUCCGAAAAUCAUCUGAAGCUCAUCAAUGAUGAACUGGAGAAAUUCCUUGAAGCUGAAGAGCAUGGUUCCAAUGAAUCAUCAAGAAGGAAUAGUCAGGUCAGCACGAUUACACUUAGUGGUAAGCCAAUUCAAGGAGCCAAUUCUCAAGAUCAUGGGAAGGCAAUCACGUGUCCACUCCAAGGAUAUCUGUUUGGGUCUUCCAUUGAACUUGCGGAAACAAGGUUUGAGGUGAAGAAGGAAAAGGCAUCACUUGCUGAACUGUUCCACAGGACGAAAAUUGCGGAAGAGAGUCAUACGGAAAAAUGUGCAAAAGAGGAGAUGAAGAACAAGCAAAACAAUAAACCUGUCAAACAUCUCAUCAAGAAGGUUCUGAAAAAGAUUCAUGCUUCUUCAUUGAGUUCUAUCUCUCUCUGUUAA